AUGGCCGAUAACCCGAUAGGAGUUUCAGUGCUACUAGAACGUGGUCGAGAGCUUCACCGAUUGCUCCUAAAUGCGAGAGAUUGGUCCAAAGUCGACAUUCGGGACACGUCGCUGAACAUUCAACUCUAUCGAAGGAAUGCACCGAACCAACAAGUAGCCGUCAGAGUAUCGACCACUGUGGAGGCACACGCUGCAAGUCUAGGAUCUGUGGUGUCAUCAUUGAAGGGUCGAGACUUUUGGGAUACAUUGUUUGAUGAACAUGAACUGAUCUCUCGCAUUGAUCCCGAAACGUCGAUUGUGCGAUAUGGCAUGAGACCAGUCAGAGGCUCUAGUCCACGAGAUUUUGCACUUCUAAUGCACUCGUCAACAGCUCGCUCAACUCAUCUAUGUGUUGCCGUGAGUAUACCAAUGGGACAUCAUGCAACAAGACCAUCCCAUGUUCGAGGACAUAUAGAUCUACUGACUUGGCUUAUCGAGCCUGAUUAUGACGAUACCAAACCCAGCACAUUAUUAUCUACUGCUCCGAGAUUACGCGUAUCAUGUACCCUUCUCAUGGAUCCGAAGCAUUCUCUCUUCUCGUCGUCGUAUCUGCAAUUCCUAUAUGCAGAGUUACCGAAAAGUGUCGCGUUAGUCUGUGAAUAUCUCAAUCGACGUGGUUUUCCACCUCAUCUAUCUCAUUGGGGCUCUCGAGUCAAGAUAGAUACAGAACAAUGGAAUGAAGCUGGUGAAUUCGAAGUAGUUUGGUCUAGUAAUAGUGCCAAUAGUAGUAAUCGAACUCGACGACCAGAAGAUGGAGAGGAAGCUGGUACAGAUGAUGACGAUGAUUCUGGAGUAGGCUAUGAAGACGGAUCUCGUGAACUCGAGGUUCGGCUUGACGCUAGAAGGUGGACUGGUCUGGAACUAACUUUGAAAGCCGGUGAUCGUCUGCUAGAUCCUGAAUUGGUUGAUGUUCGAGAAGACAAUGAAGAUGGUAUUAUCAUCAGAGCAGGAUGUGGAGACGCAAGUGCAACGUGUGUAUUAAAGUGUCGCCGGGGCAUAUGUAAUCUAGGUACCGUCAUGGUAAACAAUGAUUUACGAGACUUGUCUCCCGAAAUAUUAUUACCUUUAUCUCCUACCACUGAUACACCACCUGAAAGCUCGACAUGGGAAGAAGAUAUCCGUGAAGCUCUUGAUUCUCCCAUGGUGGGCCAGUUCUUGUCCUAUCCUGCUCAGUGGGAACGAGGAAUGGAUGUAGAUACUAGGAAACGACGACCGAGAGCGAUGUCGGCUAAUCAUAUACAGGAGAGAGGUCGUACUUGGUUUCCGAGAUUUAGGAAAUCGCCUGGCAAGGGAUCUCAUUCCUCGUCUUCCAAAGAAGUAUCAGCGGAUGGAGAGGAAGGUCAAGAUGCUGUUACUGACUUGCCAGCCGGUGCAUCCUUGAGUCGAUCUGGAAGCUUAAAGUCCAAAGUUACACCUCGUCGCUUCUCAUUGUCGUCAGUCUUGUGGCGACCCAAUAAUACCAACUCUGUACCUACACCCGCAUCCGAAAUUAUUGAAUCAGCACCCUCGGCCGAUCUAGAGACAGGGCCUGAAACUCCAACAGUAAACAACGAGCCCGAUACUCCUAUAUUCGCCGUACCCCGUGAAACUGCUCGAUUCUACUCUAUAGUAGAAGUGUUGAUGAUGGCUCUGGCUGCCUUGAUUAUUGGCAUAAUUUUUAGGAUAGGAUGGAGGCUGUUUGUUUUAGCGAGUCUUGUAUUUCUCGCUCCUCUCCGAUGGCUGCCACAUCAAGACAUUGAUCAGGCUGCUAUGGCUCAACUGGUAGCUGGUGUGGAUGGUGGAAUGCUCAUGGGCGGCCUACUGCCAGUUGGCUGA